AGUACGUAUAUAAGAAAGUAGAAAGUAAAGUACACAUUCAUUCAGUCAAUUCGUCAAACAAUUGAAACUAACGUUUGCCGUAUGCAAUUCUUUCCUUGUCUUAACCAAUUUUUUUUUCUUACAAGGAACCCACAAAAAAAGGACUCGAAAACCCCAUAGCACAGAGAAUAGAGAAAGCAAAUAAAAAUGCGCGGGGCGAUGGAAGCAAUGCAGUAGUGAUUUAUUCCAUUAUCUAUUCUCUUUUAAUAAACCUCAUGUCCAAUAAAUAGCAUUUUGCUCCAUACAACUCCCCCAAAAAAAUUAAUCAAAAAAAAAAUUAUUUAUAUUUUUCUGAGGAAUUUUUCAAAAAUGGGUAAUUUGGAGAUUUGUUUCAAGGAUUUGAUUCAAUCGGAGUCGAAAUCAAACGGGGUUCGGUGUUUGAGUUUGAGAAGUAGUGAUUUGUGUUUGAAUUCGAUUAGUUUCGAUGGUAGUAACAACGAUGUUGGGUUGCUUCUAGAAGAUUCCGCCACGUCAUCAUUUGUUUCGUUGAUUUCUACGGAAAGUUAUUCUUCUUCUUCGGAGCGUGUGUUACGUGCACGGAGGAGAGGGAUCGGAAUCAAUGUUAGGAGAGGUGGUGGAAGGUUUUUGUCGAUUACGCUUUCUGAUUCUAAUGAGAUUUUAGGGCAGAAUGGGGUGGAGAGUGAAGUUGGAGUGUAUCGGGAAGUUGAAAAGGCGGAGGAGAAGGGGAAGGUGCACGGCGGAGGUGCAUUGAACACUACUAAGCAUCUUUGGUCUGGAGCUGUUGCUGCCAUGGUCUCUAGAACUUUUGUUGCUCCACUGGAAAGACUGAAGCUGGAAUAUAUAGUUCGUGGUGAACAGAAGAAUCUAUUUGAGCUCAUCAAGACAAUUGCAGUUACUCAAGGGAUCAAGGGGUUUUGGAAGGGGAAUUUUGUGAAUAUUCUACGAACAGCUCCAUUUAAGGCUAUCAACUUCUACUCUUAUGAAAAAUACAGGGAUCGUCUGCUCAAAAUAACUGGUAACGAGGAGACAACUAAUAUUGAAAGGUUUAUUGCUGGUGCCGCAGCAGGAAUUACAGCCACUGUGCUGUGCAUACCUAUGGACACUAUUAGGACAGUAAUGGUUGCACCGGGGGGAGAAGCCUUGGGGGGUUUAAUCGGUACAUGCCGAUAUAUGAUGCACACGGAGGGGUUUUUCUCUCUUUACAAGGGCCUAGUACCCUCGAUUAUAAGCAUGGCACCUUCAGGCGCAGUUUUCUAUGGAGUUUAUGAUAUUUUAAAAUCAGCUUAUUUGCACUCACCAGAAGGGAGGAAAAGACUAGAAAAUAUGAAACAACAAGGUGAAGAGUUGAAUGCCUUGGAUCAACUGGAGUUGGGCACAGUUAGAACUUUGGUAUAUGGGGCUAUUGCUGGUGCUUGUGCAGAAGCUGCAACAUAUCCUUUUGAAGUUGUGAGGAGACAGCUUCAGAUGCAGGUCCGGGCGACUAAGAUGAGUGCAUUGGCGACUAGCCUGAGGAUAGUUGAGCAAGGUGGUAUUCCUGCGCUCUAUGCUGGAUUGACUCCCAGUUUAUUACAGGUUUUGCCAUCAGCUGCAAUAAGUUAUUUCGUCUACGAAUUUAUGAAGAUAGUUCUGAAAGUGGAAUAAACACAGAUUGGGGUUUCUCAAGGUCAUUCCUGGUGAUAACUCCUGAGUUGAUACAGACAAGUGGCAUGCAAUUUAACCGUAAAGCCACUUUGUGGCCCUCUUUUAUGUAGUCUGAACAAGAGUAGUUAAUAAUACAACUUAUAUAUAGGAAGAGUUGUAGCGGACGUUUCCCAGUUCUAUGAGCUUUUCAUGGGGAAUCAGUGCAAAGCUUUUUAUCUUUCUUGCUUCACAUCCCCAGCAAUGAGAAAGUUUAUAUUAGAUGAAACGUCUGUUGGCUUCAAUUAGCCUGAUGAAUUGAAAAUCGAAAAAUCUCUGUAGUCUGUACGUGUUAUGGAAAAGUUAUUUUUUUCCCUCUUCUUAAUUA